CAGGCGCGUUACUUCCUCCUACAGCUCGCUUCAGUGUGUUUGCAUUGUGUCUAAACUGCCGGCGAGUUUAAGAAAAUAUUUUACCAAUAGCAUUUAUGUCGGGCAGGUCGGUCCGCGCGGAGACACGGAGUAGGGCGAAAGAUGACAUCAAGCGGGUUAUGGCUGCUGUUGAUAAAGUACGAAAUUGGUAAGAGGGAAAGCGUUAUCUAAGACCCGAGAGCAGCAAUGCUAGUGGGGGAGGAGAGACCGGGAGAAGAACACAUUUAUGAAACGAAAGACACAUUGAAUGAAAUUUGGUCGGAUGAUAUUUCGGCUCUUGUGCACUGCGCUCUCGCGCCCUGAUCAGAGGAGGUCGCUUAAACACUUAUCAUGUGGGAAUAUUACAUAUAUUCAUAAAAUAUUGUGGGUUGAACCUAGAAGCCAUUUCGUUGUAGUCACAUGAAGCCUUUGCCGUUCUAGCAUAGUACAUGUACUGCUGGCUUGAGAAGCUUUGUCGGCUACUGUUUUUUCACCGCUCGAAUGUUAUCAAUAAUAACAUCACAGCCGCCGUUAUACUACAGCGGUCAAUGGUUAGAAUAGUUUCUAUGUUCGUUGGGUUUUAAAUUUAGCGCUUGGAGAGGUUUUUGUGACCUACAAAUAUAGGGAGCGCGUGGGGUGGUGGUGAGAAGAGGAACUGUGUAAAAGACCGAAUUGCUUUACAAUUCUAUUUUGGAUGGUCCCUAUAGUUCAAUAAAAUUGCAAUUUAUAGAUUUGCAGUCAAUUUCAUAGAUUUGUGGAUGUGUUAGUAGCCUAAAUGUAAUUACCACUCAAUUCAUUUAAAUAUUUUAUUUGAGGCUAUUCGUCUGUAGUCUCACUCAUUGGGUAGAUUUCUCAAAUGGCUACAAGUAACAACAAAUUCCUAACUUUCAAAUUAACUUUCCACAGAAAUGUUGAAGGACAUUUUCUACAUGGAAUUGAAAUGUAAAGUGAAAGUUCACAAAAAUAGUACUGUUGUUUUGUUGACAUUUUGAAUUGAACACACAAUUGCUAACAAGUGUUCCUCAUUCCUUGUGUAUCUAAUGCAGGGAGAAGAAAUGGGUAACAGUCGGUGACACAUCCUUGCGAAUCUACAAGUGGGUGCCAGUAACUGAACCCAAGUCAAAUGAUGUAAGUCCACAGGGUGUUUGGGGGCACCAAUUGUGCAAAGUGCGGUGGAUGAUCACCAACAUGCUUCCUUUCUUCAUCUCCUUUCAAAUUCCUUCUGGCAUGACCUAUAUAAAGCGAUUAUAUUGAGAUAAAGUACAUCAUGUAAUAUUAUGUUAUACAUAAUAAAUAGCACCACUACAGCAUUUUAUGUGCUAUCUUGCAGAAGAGCAAAAAUAAGAAAGGCAAGGAUGACAAGUAUGGGUCGGAGGUCACAACACCAGAAAACAGCUCCUCUCCUGGAAUGAUGGACAUGCAUGGUAAGAGCCAAUUCACACCUUAAGCCAACAAAGAGCAAGACACUUCAAACUUAUGUUCAAUAAUAGUUGUAAACUCAUCUUUCUGUCACUUUCUGUAUCUCUUAGACGAUAACAGUAACCAGAGCUCCAUUGCUGACUGCUCCCCGAUGAAGCAGGAGAACAGCAACAGUGCCAGCCCUGCCCCAGAGGCCUCGGUAACUUUCCAGAGUGACAGCAACGAGGCUAAGAGCGACCAGAGCCAGUCCCCUGGCAAAGAGCAGCUGAAGAGCACAGACAGCAAGAGUGGUCAGUCAAUAUGCUACCUAUCACAGAAAGGGAAAGGGAGAGCAUUGCCUUAGUUUCAACUAAAUUCUAUGAAACCAUACCAUACAUACAGCAUCGUGUCCUCAUUAAAGCUGUGCUCUUGUCUUACCUUAAGGUCUUUUCCAAGACUAGUGCCAACUUGUCAAACAAUAUGGCUUAACUUGACAGGCAGAAUGCUUUCAUCUAGCCCUCAUAAUCCCAGAAUAGUAAAAAAAUUGGCAGUUGCACUGUUGUCAAUGUCAAAAGGGUACAUGUUAUGGCUUGUAGAGAUGGCAUUCAUAAGGAACAUUUGGUGAACAAAAUCAUGUAUGCCAUUUAGCAGACACUUUUAUCCAAAGCGACUUAGUCAUGCGUGCAUACAAAUGUUCUUUCAUCUUCACCAAUGUCAUUGGUAGCGUUGGGAACAGUUCUAUGAAUUAACCCGUCAACAUACAGAGAAUGGCGUAUAAUUUUUUUUAGCAAGUUUUUGUUUACAUUUUUCGGGCUAGAGAUGCAGUUGAAGUCGGAAGUUUACAUACACCUCAGCCAAAUAGAUUUAAACUCCGUUUUUCACAAUCCCUGACAUUUAAUCCUAGUAGAAAUGGCCUGUUUUAGGUCAGUUAGGAUCACCACUUUAUUUUAAGAAUGUGAAAUGUCAGAAUAAUAGUAGAGAGAAUGAUUUAUUUCAGCUUUUAUUUCAUUCAUCACAUUCCCAGUGGGUCAGAAGUUUACAUACACUCAAUUAGUAUUUGGUAGCAUUGACUUUAUAUUGUUUAACUUGGGUCAAACGUUUCGGGUAGCCUUCCACAAGCUUCCCACAAUAAGUUGGGUGAAUUUUGGCCCAUUCCUCCUGACAGAGCUGGUGUAACUGAGUCAGGUUUGUAGGCCUCCUUGCUCGCACACGCUUUUUCAGUUCUGCCCACAAAUGUUCUAUAGGAUUGAGGUCAGGGCUUUGUGAUGGCAACUCCAAUACCUUGACUUUGUUGUCCUUAAGCUAUUUUGCCACAACUUUGUAAGGAUGCUUGGGGUCAUUGUCCAUUUGGAAGACCCAUUUGCGACCAAGCUUUAAAUUCCUGACUGAUGUCUUGAGAUGUUGCUUCAAUAUAUCCACGUAAUUUUCCUUCCUCAUGAUGCCAUCUAUUUUGUGAAGUGCACCAGUCCCUCCUGCAGCAAAGAACCCCCGCAGCAUGAUGCUGCCAUCCCCGUGCUGGGAUGGUGUUGGGAUGGUGUUCUUCGGCUUGCAAGUAACCCCCUUUUUCCUCCAAACAUAACGAUGGUCAUUAUGGCCAAACAGUUUUAUUUUUGUUUCAUCAGACCAGAGGAAAUUUCUCCAAAAAGUAUGAUCUUUGUCCCCAUGUGCAGUUGCAAACCGUAGUCUGGCUUUUUUAUGGCGGUUUUGGAGCAGUGGCUUCUUCCUUGCUGAGCAGCCUUUCAGGUUAUGUCGAUAUAGGACUCGUUUUACUGUGGAUAUAGAUACUUUUGUACCUGUUUCCACCAGCAUCUUCACAAGGUCCUUUGCUGUUGUUCUGGGAUUGAUUUGCACUUUUCACAGCAAAGUACGUUCAUCUCUAGGAGACAGAACGCGUCUCCUUCCUGAUUGGUAUGACGGCUGUGUGGUCCCAUGGUGUUUAUACUUGCGUACUAUUGUUUGUACAGAUGAACAUAGUAACUUCAGGCGUUUGGAAAUUGCUCCCAAGGAUGAACCAGACUUGUGGAGGUCAAAUUUCUUUUUUCUGAGGUCUUGGCUGAUUUCUUUUGAUUUUCCCAUGAUGUCAAGCAAAGAGGCACUGAGUUUGAAGGUAGGCCUUGAAAUACAUCCACAGGUACACCUCCAAUUGACUCAAAUGAUGUCAAUUAGCCUAUCAGAAGCUUCUAAAGCCAUGACAUCAUUUUCUGGAAUUUUCCAAGACGUUUAAAUGCACAGUCAACUUAGUGUAUGUAAACUUCUGACCCACUGGAAUUGUGAUACAGUGAAUUAUAAGUGAACUAAUCUGUCUGUAAACAAUUGUUGGAAAAAUUACAUGUGUCAUGCACAAAGUAGAUGUCCUAACUGAUUUGCCAAAACUAUAGUUUGUUAACAAGAAAUUUGUGGACUGGUUGAAAAACAAGUUUUAAUAUUAUUUAAUUUUUUUGUCAUUUUAGCAGACGCUCUUAUCCAGAGCGACUUACAGUUAGUGAGUAAUGACUCCAACCUAAGUGUAUGUAAACCUCCGAUUUCAACUACAUAUUGACAAACCAUAAUCAAUGAUUAGGGUAUGGAAGAUAUCAUGAAAUGCUAAACAUGCCUCUUAACAGUAUUGUAAAAAUGGGCAUCUACCGAGAGAGAUUUGUUCACAAGUCUGAGCAUGUACUCUGGGCAACAAGAGUAUCUCAUAUAUUUGGAGAAAGUUUAGCUGUUAUGCACUAGACAGGCAAACAGAUUGUUUGUUCCUCUUGUGGGGUUGAACAAAGGAUUUCACUAAGGCCUACUGUAGUUUCUGUAGUAAUGAGCUGGUAAAACGGUCUGCCAUGCCAAUGCCGUUUAAGGACGGAGUGCAAAACUCCUUACAAACUACAGUGUGUCAACUUGUCAUUGAUGUAGUUUUCACCAAGUAGCAAGCUAAACACCCUUGAGAGUAGUAUUUUCCAUAAUACAAUACCAACCCUUUGUUCUGUACAGUGCCUUGCAAAAGUAUUCAGCCCCCGUAGCGUUUUUCCUAUUUUGUUGCAUUACAACCUGUAGUUUAAAUGAAUUUUUAUUUGGAUUGCAUGUAAUGAACAUACACAAAAUAGUCCAAAUUGGUGAAGUGAAAUGAAAAAAAUAACUUGUUAAAAAAAUAUCAGAAACUUUGAACAUCCCACCGAGCACCAUUUAAAUCCAUUAUAAAAAAAUUGAAAGAAUAUGGCACCACAACAAACCUGCCAAGAGAGGGCCGCCCACCAAAACUCACAGACCAGGCAAGGAGGGCAUUAAUCAGAGAGGCAACAAAGAUAACCAAAGAUAACCCUGAAGGAGCUACAAAGCUCCACAGCAUAGAUUGGAGUAUCUGUCCAUAGGACCACUUUAAGCUGUACACUCCACAGAGCUGGGCUUUACGGAAGAGUGGCCAGAAAAAAGCCAUUGCUUAAAGAAAAAAAUAAGCAAACACGUUUGGUGUUCGCCAAAAGGCAUGUGGGAGACUCCCCAAACAUAUGGAAGAAGGUACUCUGGUCAGAUGAGACUAAAAUUGAGCUUUUUGGCCAUCAAGGAAAACGCUAUGUCUGGCGAAAACCCAACACCUCUCAUCACCCCGAGAACACCACCAUGUUUUUCAUCGGCAGGGACUGGGAAACUGGUCAGAAUUGAAAGAAUGAUGGAUGGCGCUAAAUACAGGGAAAUUCUUGAGGGAUACCUGUUUCAGUCUUCCAGAGAUUUGAGACUGGGACGGAGGUUCACCUUCCAGCAGGACAAUGACCCUAAGCAUACUGCUAAAGCAACACUUGAGUGGUUUAAGGAGAAACAUUUUAAAUGUCUUGGAAUGGCCUAGUCAAAGCCCAGACCUCAAUCCAAUUGAGAAUCUGUGGUAUGACUUAAAGAUUGCUGUACACCAGCGGAACCCAUCCAACUUGAAGGAGCUGGAGCAGUUUUGCCUUGAAGAAUGGGCAAAAAUCCCAGUGGCUAGAUGUGCCAAGCUUAUAGAGACAUACCCCAAGAGACUUGCAGCUGUAAUUGCUGCAAGGAAAAAUGCCAAGGGGGGUGAAUACUUUCGCAAGCCACUGUACAUACAUCGACGCCGAUUUCUUGCCACAAGAUGGUUCUGUAAUGUAGAGUUUUAAGUAAGCUAUAAUAAGGUAUUUGUGUCAUCACUCAGAUUUGGUCAUAUUAUUUGGGAGAAAAUACAGGUAAAUAAAUCGUCCUAGGUCAUGUCACAAUCAGACCUUGUCUACCAAGAUCUGCGAUAAUACACCCCAAGCAAGGUCACUCAUGCCACUUCUGUGAAGUUGAAACUAUUGUGGACAGUAAAGAGAAGAAUAACAUGCAACCCUCAACGGCCACAUUGCGUGCGUGAGUGUUGCAAAAUACAUUUACACAUACAUGUUAUUCAAUAAUUUCACCCACACCGCUUGUGCGAACGAGUGUCUGCGUAGCCAAACGCUAAAAUAGAACUUGGUUCUAUUUGACACUCCACACGCUGCAAGUCCCCUCCUCAUUGGUUAUCAGGAAGAUUCAAACCCACGUGGAUGCUUGAAAGACAAACGAGGAGAGAUUAAAUAAAGAUAACUAACUAAAAACUAACAAGGUUUCCCUUUUUAUCUGUGAAUUAAUAGUUGGAGUAGAGAAACACGAUUUUGUAUGACUCCGGGUAAAAAUUCUAAUGUCAGGUAAAAUAACAACCCAAUGUUCAUCUCCCAGGACAAACUAGCUAGCUAAAUGUCCAUGAAUGUUUUGUGUGUGUUCGAUUUGCCCCAAAAUUAAUAUACAAUGCCUUCGGAAAGUAUUCAGACCCCUUGACUUUUUCCACAUUUUGUUACGUUACAGCCUUAUUCUAAAAUUGAUUACAAAUAAUAAUAAUCCUGAGCAAUCUACACACACUACCCUAUAUUGACAAAGCGAAAAAUGUGUUUACAUUUUUGCAAGUGUAUUAAAAAUUAAAAAAACAGAAAUACCUGAUUUACAUAAGUAUUCAGACCCUUUGCUAUGAGACUUGAAAUUGAUCUCAGGUGCAUCCUGUUUCCAUUGAUCAUCCAUGAGAUGUUUAUACAACUUGAUUGGAGUCCACCUGUGGUAAAUUCAGUUGAUUGGACAUGAUUUGGAAAGGCACACACCUGUCUAUAUAAGGUCCCACAGUUGACCGUGUAUGUCAGAGCAAAAACCAAGCCAUGAGGUCGAAGGAAUUGUCCGUAGGGCUCCGAGACAGGAUUGUGUCGAGGCACAGAUCUGGGGAAGGGUACCAAAAAAUGUCUGCAGCAUUGAAGGUCCCCAAGAACACAGUGACCUCCAUCAUUCUUAAAUGGAAGAAGUUUGGAACCACCAAGGCUCUUCCUAGAACUGGCCGCCCAGCCAAAUUGAGCAAUCGGGGGCGAAUGGCCUUGGUCAGGGAGGUGACCAAGAACCCGAUGGUCACUCUGACAGAGCUCUAGAGUUCCUCUGUGGAGACGGGAGAAACUUCCAGAAGGACAACCAUCUCUGCAGCACUCCACCAAUCAGGCCUUUAUGGUAGAAGGGCCAGACGGAAGCCACUCCUCAGUAAAAGGCACAUGACAGCCCGCUUGGAGUUUGCCAAAAGGCACCUUAAGACUCAGAUCAUGAGAAACAAGAUUCUCUGGUCGGAUGAAACCAAAAUCAAACUCUUUGGCCUGAAUGGCAAGCGUCACGUCUGGAGGAAACGUGGCACCAUCCCUACGGUGAAGCAUGGGGGUGGCAUCAUGUUGUGGGGAUGUUUUUCAGCUGCAGGGACUGGGAGAAUAGUCAGGAUCGAGGCAAAGAUGAGCAGAGCGAAGUACAGAGAGAUCCUUGAUGAAAACCUGCUACAGAGCGCUGAGGACCUCAGACUGGGGCGAAGGUUCACCUUCCAACAGGACAACGACCCUAAGCACACAGCCAAGACAACGCAGGAGUGGCUUCGGGACAAGUCUCUGAAUGUCCUUGAGUGGCCCAGCCAGAGCCGGACUUGAACCUGAUCUCUGGAGAGACAUGAAAAAUAGCUGUGCAGCAACGCUCCCCAUCCAACCUGACAGAGCUUGAGAGGAUCUGCAGAGAAGAAUGGGAGAAACUCCCCAAAUACGGGUGUGUCAAGCUUGUAGCAUCAUACCCAAGAAGAUUCAAUGCUGUAAUUGCUGCCAAAGGUGCUUCAACAAAGUACUGAGUAAAAGGUCUGAAUACUUAUGUAAAUGUGAUAUUUCCGUAUUUUUAUUUGUAAUAAAUUUGCAAACAUUUCUAAACUCUUUUUGCUUUGUCAUUAUGGUGUAUUGUGUGUAGAUUGAUGAGAACAUAUUUUUAAAUACAUUUUAGAAUAAGGCUGUAAUGUAACAAAAUGUGGAAAGUCAAGGGGUCUGAAUACUUUCCGAAGGCAUUGUAGUUGGUUCACAGUUGGUUUUGAUAUUUUACCCUCAUGAUUGCGUCUAGUGUGAAUGGACAAAAUCAACAUGGGCGCGAUGACGGACGCACGCGCGUAGUCGGCAUGUAACAGAAAAUUAACUUGCCUAUUGUAAGAAUUGUAUGUUCUCUUUUAAUCAGAACUGUUACAGAAGUAGGACUAGUGUACAAACACUAAUGCCUUGUCCUUUCUUAUUCUAUUUGCUUAAAGCAUCUUGUCUACCAUGGUUAUGCAAACAGACUUUCUGGUAUUGCAGGAAAUGUUCACUCCUCAGAGUUUUCCAACACAAGCACACCCAAGAGGGACGGAAGGUCCACGGCAGGGAAUGAACCAUCCUCAGACACUCCUCAAGAUUCUCAGGUCCUCCCCUCCACCACCAUCCAAGACUAGAAUGUCUUUAUAUAUGUUUAAGUCAAUUAGACAUUUUACUGAUGCAGUAUAAUGAAACUCAUUUGACAUCAAGUCAAGUUUUCUGAAAUAAUUUGUUUUAUUUUUGCAGGAAUCUGAAGAUGGCACUCCUCCCAAUAAGAAGGGCAAGUUGGAAACUCCCUCAGCUGAUUUUGAGGAAAUCUAACUUAUCUUUUCCCAUCACCAAUUCUUCGACCUGUCGCCAUUUCCUAAUCACUUCAGGUGUCUUAACCUCUCCUGUGUCUUCAUCUCUUUCUUCUUCUGCAUUGGUCCCAGAGGAGUCCAGCAUCCCCCAACCCCCUCUCAUUUUGCCACUAACACCUGCUGUUGUUUUGGUUCUCUGCCAAAGUAUAUGUACAUACAGUAUUUUGAUUUAGUCAUUUUUGUUGUUUUGCUCAGGAGGGUCAACACACUGUUUGAAUCCUUUUAUGAUCUGUUGGUUCUGCUGCGGUUGUAACCUUUUAUUACUUUGACAGUUAAACAUGAGUUAAAUUAACGAUAAGACAACACCUACAUUUUUUAUUAAUUAGUGGCACUCAGUUGCAUAUUGGUUUCCCUUUCUCCUCUUGUGAAAGCUUGUAGCAUAGGCAUACUUCCAGGUUUGUGUGCCUUGAAUUACUAGAAUAAUGUGUGUAGAUUUGUUUCUAUAGUGUGUAUACUUCACUCUGGUAUAUCAAUUGCCCAUUGCCCAGUUUUUGUUAACCCUUAAAGCAUUUUUCAGUGCAAAUGUAGGCUGCUUGGUUAUAGCUCUUUGAAUACCUCACUGAAGUCCAGCAGUGCUGGCAACACUAUGUAUAGAUUAUUAAACAAUAAGUAUAACCUCUACUUGCAAAGUGUACGUGGCCUAAAUAGUUAUGUUUCCUCGUCAGCCUUUGCCCAACUAAAAAUGCCUUAUUCAAUUAGUCCUACAGAAAGUCAAAUGUUGAAUAUUGUCUUCUUUUGGGACCCCUUAUUUGUAUUAUUAUUUUAUUAGUGUUGAAUACAUUUGAGUGGGGUUUAACUAGCAUUAUUUAUUCCACAAAUAUUAAUUGAUUUUGCC